GCUACGCACUUGACGCUGAAGUACGCGCUGAGGAUGGGAUCGAACGCGCUGCUGCAGACGGCGUUUAAGGACUCGGAGACGGGGAAGAUCUCGAAUCGGGGGCGAGUUUUGUCGGGGUUUGGUGCCGGGGUUCUUGAAGCCCUAGUUAUCGUCACUCCUUUCGAAGUGGUAAAAAUCAGAUUGCAACAGCAAAAAGGUCUAAGCCCUGAGCUUCUAAAAUACAAAGGACCAGUUCACUGUGCAAGAAUGAUUGUAAGAGAAGAAGGCAUUUUGGGUCUAUGGGCAGGUGCAGCUCCAACCGUUAUGCGCAAUGGAACAAAUCAAGCUGCCAUGUUCACAGCCAAGAACGCUUUCGAUGUGAUUCUCUGGAAAAAGCACGAAGGAGAUGGCAAAGUCCUUCAGCCAUGGCAAUCGAUGGUUUCUGGAUUCUUGGCAGGGACUGCAGGCCCAAUAUGCACGGGCCCAUUUGAUGUAGUAAAAACAAGAUUAAUGGCUCAAAGUAAAUCAAAUGGUGGUGUGAAAUAUAAGGGAAUGGUUCAUGCAAUUAGAACGAUAUUUGCUGAAGAGGGCUUGCGUGCUUUGUGGAAAGGGUUGCUUCCUCGGCUAAUGAGGAUUCCUCCUGGUCAAGCUAUAAUGUGGGCUGUUGCUGAUCAAGUGACUGGUUUCUAUGAAAGAAAAUACUUGAAGAGUGCUCACUUAUAGAGUUAUAACUACAUUAGUACCGGCGGAUUUAUUCGAAAUAAAGUAAAUGGAUUCUUUGUUCUUUGUAUUUAGAAGAGCAGCAAAUUUUGGUUGAAGAACCGUAUUGUAUGUUCAUUGGUGAGAAAAUCAAUGGCAACAUUAGUGGGGGAUAAGGGUGUAGGCUUGAUUCAUCUUAUUUGGUUAUUGCUAGUUUGAUGUUCUGUUCAUUGCUGCGGACGUGCUACAAUAAUGAGGAGGCGUGUGUCUAUAAUUGUUGGUCAAUUUUCA